CAGGACUUCCGGAAGAGCAGGAAGACCCUGUCCUUUUCACUGUCAAGAAAUUCCGGGCUUCCCUGUGGGGUGGGGAGGUCUGGGACGGUUACGGUGACUCCAGGGCAUCUGGUCCACUAUCUGUGCUUGGCGCCAUGGGUGUAAUAGGUAUACAGCUGGUCGUUACCAUGGUGAUGGCCAGUGUCAUGCAGAAGAUUAUACCUCACUAUUCUCUUGCUCGAUGGCUACUCUGUAAUGGCAGUUUAAGAUGGUAUCAACAUCCCACAGAAGAAGAAUUAAGAAUUCUUGCAGGGAAGCAGCAAAAAGGGAAAAGCAAAAAAGAUAGGAAAUAUAAUGGUCACAUUGAAAGUAAGCCACUAACCAUUCCAAAGGACAUUGAUCUCCAUCUAGAAACAAAGUCAGUUACAGAAGUGGAUACUUUUGCAUUGCAUUACUUUCCAGAAUACCAGUGGCUGGUGGAUUUCACAGUGGCUGCUACAGUUGUGUAUCUAGUCACUGAAGUCUACUACAGUUUUAUGAAGCCCACACAGGAAAUGAAUAUCAGCUUAGUCUGGUGCCUGCUUGUUUUGUCUUUUGCAAUCAAAGUUCUAUUUUCAUUAACUACACACUAUUUUAAAGUAAAAGAUGGUGGUGAAAAAUCAGUUUGUGUUACCUUUGGAUUUUUUUUCUUCGUGAAAGCAAUGGCAGUCUUGAUUGUAACAGAAAACUAUCUGGAAUUUGGACUUGAAACAGGGUUUACAAAUUUUUCAGACAGUGCGAUGCAGUUUCUUGAAAAGCAAGGCUUAGAAUCUCAGGGUCCUGUUUCAAAACUUACUUUCAAAUUUUUCCUCGCUAUUUUCUGUUCACUCAUUGGGGCUUUUUUGACAUUUCCUGGAUUACGCCUGGCUCAAAUGCAUCUGGAUGCCCUGAAUUUGACAACAGAAAAAAUUACACAAACAUUACUUCAUAUCAACUUCUUGGCACCUUUAUUUAUGGUUCUGCUCUGGGUAAAACCAAUCACCAAAGACUACAUUAUGAACCCACCAUUGGGUAAAGAAAGUAUCCCUUUAAUGACAGAAGCUACAUUCGAUACUCUGCGACUCUGGUUAAUAAUUCUGCUGUGUGCUUUGCGGUUGGCCAUGAUGCGUAGUCACCUGCAAGCUUACUUAAACUUAGCCCAGAAAUGUGUGGAUCAGAUGAAGAAAGAAGCAGGGCGAAUAAGUACAGUUGAGCUACAGAAAAUGGUGGCUCGAGUCUUUUACUACCUUUGUGUCAUUGCACUGCAGUAUGUGGCACCUCUGAUUAUGCUGCUUCACACAACCCUGCUGUUGAAAACACUAGGUAAUCAUUCCUGGGGCAUUUAUCCAGAAUCUGUCUCUACCUUGCGAGUGGAUAAUAGUCUACCCUCCAGCUCUGUUCAUUCUGAAUUACCACCCGCUGAUGGGAAGAUGAAGGUAACUGUUACACAAAUAACAGUGGCACUGAGCAGCUUGAAAAACAUUUUCACCCCUCUGCUCUUUCGAGGACUUCUGUCUUUCCUUACCUGGUGGAUUGCUGCUUGUCUCUUUUCUACAAGCCUUUUUGGGCUUUUUUAUCACCAGUAUCUCACCGUGGCAUGAAUCUCAGUUAACAAAAAAGAAUAUCCAAGUCACACUUUGGAUUCAAAUAUUUGUGCCCUUGAAGGGCUGACAAAAACCAGAAGAAAGCAAAUACAAAGGAAAAAAGAAACAUAUCAGAAUAACUUGUUUGAAAUGCUUCCUCUGUGUUCUCAGGGUGAAUUAAUGGGAUGAUAUGUAAAAUUACAGAAUAGAUUGUUAAGUGUUAUACUGUGGCAUUGGAAAUUUUAACUCCUUGUAUUAACUGAUGUAAGAGGGCUAUCUAGAAGGGUAAUAUAUCUGAUUACCUUGGUUUACAGAAACCUCUGAAACAGUCUUUGAAGCUUUUCAUAUGACUCCAGUUAUUAAUUGCUCUUAAUGGUAUUAAGGUACUGUUAAUACUCAUGUGGCUGCCUGUAGAACACUCUUUAAACUGAGCCAUGUUCCAUAGGAGGUAAAGGAGCUAAAAGUUGCUUCUGUUGGUAAUACAUUACUCAAUCUUCCAACAACAGUAACAGAAAACCCAACAGAAGGGAAGAAAAUAGCUACUGUAUAUUACAGUAAAGAAAGCUGCAUAGUAAUUUUAAAUUUUAAUGGAGAUGUACAUGCUUAAUAUCUAUAAGUACUACUGCUUGAGAGUAGCGAGAAUAUUGUUUAACAGUGGACUCUGUACAACUUGAGGGAUCUCAUAAAAUGACUGGCUAUAUGAACAUUUGUAAUCUUGCUGUUAGGUGUGGGCCUCCCAUAUUUUAUUUUAUUUUAUUUUAUGAUCCUAAAUAAUUCUUUUUAAUAAUUAAAAAUAUUUAUCAAUAUUGAUCAGACUUUUUAAAAAUUACUUUGUAAUCCUGCUGAUGACCUGUAUGUAUUGUAUAUAUUAUAUAUUAAAUAUAUAAUAUAUUGAGAUUAUAAAAGAUGAAAAUAUUGGAUCCUUGUAAUGUUUUAAGUUGCUGAAUGUAUGUUAAAACAUUAUUGAAUGGGAUGUAUUUGUAUCUAGAAAGUUUUCUUUUUGGAAUGAAAUUAAAAUACAUUUUGAAAGUUUAUUUGAGCAUGCAACUUAUUUGUGUUGCCUGUGUGAGAGUGGUUAUAGUUUAUAAAUACUUAGGUGAUUUCUCCCAAAUGAAAAUUUUUUUCUGUCGGUUUCAAAAGUCAGAAUCUUUCCACUCUGAACUAAUCUGCGGGUAUCAUUUAAAUUUGUGCUAAAUAGGACUGGUUUUACAUUUGUA